CAAUUUGAGCGGGUGGGGCGAACCAGGUGAGCAGCCGGCGGGGGCAUGUCCUGGCAACGUGCAUUGUGACGUCUAGGGUCUCGUGCGACAAGCUCGAGCGAGUUUUCUCCCACUAGGAUUGUACAUAGCAGGAAAAACAGCCAUGAAUCACCUGAGGACAUUGACUGCAAAAUUUAAACCACAGACUGUCAAGAGGUUAACUCGGCACAAUGUAGCCAUGAGGCCAGUGUUACUGAGCAGGCUUUACAGUAUACCUGGAGCUUCGGAACAUUUCCUCAAUGGAAGUAAUUCAAAUUAUCUUGAAGAAAUGUAUUAUGCCUGGCUUGCAAAUCCAAAAAGUGUUCAUAAGUCCUGGGAUAAGUUUUUCCGAACUUCCAAUGUGAUUGUACCUUCAGACACGUUAUUAGACAACCUGCCUCCAUCAGGAAGCCUUCCAGCUGUAGCUCACAGUAAAAGCAGAACAGUAACAUCUGCUAAAGCUGAGAAGAUCGUUGAAGAUCAUCUAGCUGUACAGUCAUUGAUUAGAGCAUAUCAGACCCGAGGACAUCAUGUGGCUCAGCUGGAUCCAUUGGGAAUUCUCCAUGCAGAUUUGGACUCGGGUAUUCCAUUUGAUUUAGUCACUUCAAUGGAUAAACUUGGUUUUUAUGGACUGCAUGAGUCCGAUCUGGAUAAUGUUUUUCGACUGCCUACCACAACUUUCAUUGGUGGAAAUGAGCCUGCAAUCUCAUUGCGUGAAAUCCUAAAACGUUUGGAGAAAACUUACUGCAGGCAUAUUGGCUUAGAGUUCAUGUUUAUAAAUGAUGUGGAUCAAUGCCAAUGGAUCAGACAGAGAUUUGAAACUCCAGGAAUAUUGAAGUUUACCAACAAGGAAAAAAGAAAGCUGUUGGCUCGGUUGGUCCGUUCAACAAGGUUUGAAGAAUUUCUUGCAAGGAAAUGGUCGUCUGAGAAGCGGUUUGGUGUGGAAGGAUGUGAGGUGUUAAUUCCAGCUUUGAAGACCAUCAUUGAUGUAUCUAUUUCCAAGGGUGUGGACAAUGUGAUCAUGGGAAUGCCACACAGAGGCCGGUUGAAUGUAUUGGCCAAUGUAAUCCGGAAGGAUUUGGAGCAAAUUUUCUGCCAGUUUGAUCCAAAGUUGGAAGCUUCGGAGGAGGGAUCAGGAGAUGUUAAGUACCAUCUGGGUGUUUACCAAGAAAGGAUCAACCGAACGAAUAACAAACACAUUACCAUGUCACUUAUGGCGAAUCCCUCGCAUCUUGAAGCAGUGAACCCAGUGGUACAGGGAAAAACCAAAGCAGUACAGUUCUACUGUGGAGACUCCACAGGUCAAAAGGUUAUGUCAAUCCUUCUACAUGGGGAUGCUGCUUUUGCUGGCCAGGGUAUUGUGUAUGAGACAUUUCAUCUCAGUGACCUCCCAUCCUAUACUACACAUGGUACUAUCCAUGUAGUUGUGAAUAACCAGAUUGGGUUUACUACAGAUCCUCGUAUGGCCCGUUCAUCUCCAUAUCCUACUGAUGUUGCACGUGUUGUGAAUGCACCCAUCUUUCAUGUGAAUAGUGAUGAUCCGGAAGCAGUGAUCUAUGUGUGUAAAGUGGCUGCAGAGUGGAGGAGCACGUACAAUAAGGAUGUUAUAAUUGAUCUGGUUUGCUACCGUAGAAGGGGACACAAUGAAAUGGAUGAGCCAAUGUUCACACAGCCUCUGAUGUACAAGCAGAUCCAGCAGCAGGUGCCUGUUCUGAAGAAGUAUGCAGAUAAAUUGAUAUCUGAAGGAGUUCUGACACUGCAGGAGUAUGAGGAGGAGAUAGCAGACUAUGACAGGAUUUGUGAGGAAGCCUAUACCAGAGCGAAGGAUGAGAAAAUUCUUGCAAUUAAAGAAUGGCUAGAUUCCCCUUGGCCAGGUUUCUUUACUCAGAGCGGAGAGCCAAAGAGUAUGACUUGUGCUCCAACUGGCCUUUCUGUAGAAAUCCUGCAGCAUAUUGGGAAUGUAGCCAGCUCAGUGCCUAUAGAAGGUUUUACCAUUCAUGGAGGUUUGUCUCGUAUCCUUAGGGGACGAGCGGAGAUGGCCAAGAAUCAAAUAGUUGAUUGGGCUCUGGCAGAGUAUAUGGCAUUUGGUUCUUUACUGAAAGAGGGAAUACAUGUAAGGCUUAGUGGACAAGAUGUUGAACGAGGCACUUUCAGCCAUCGUCAUCACGUAUUACAUGAUCAAGACAUAGAUAAAAAGACUUGUGUGCCGAUGAACCAUUUGUGGCCAGAUCAAGCUCCCUACACUGUUUGCAACAGUUCACUUUCUGAGUUUGGUGUCUUGGGCUUUGAACUUGGAUUUGCAAUGGCUAACCCUAAUGCUUUGGUGUGUUGGGAAGCUCAAUUUGGUGACUUCAACAACACUGCACAGUGCAUCCUGGAUCAGUUCAUAAGCUCAGGCCAAACAAAGUGGGUUAGAAACAAUGGAAUUGUGCUGCUUCUGCCUCAUGGAAUGGAGGGGAUGGGUCCGGAGCACUCUUCAGCCAGACCAGAACGAUUCCUACAGAUGUGCAUUGAAGAUUCAGAUGUAUAUCCUAAAUAUACUGAAGAAUUCGAAGUAAGGCAACUGUUUGAGUGCAAUUGGAUUAUAGUAAACUGCUCCACACCAGCAAGCUACUUUCAUGUGUUGAGGAGACAGAUUCUACUACCAUUUAGGAAGCCGUUGAUUAUCCUCACGCCAAAAUCUCUGCUAAGACAUCCGGAAGCCAGGUCCCAUUUUGAUGAAAUGAAAACAGGAACAACAUUUCAACGCAUCAUUUCUGAUGAAGGGCUUGCGGCUCAAAAUCCAAAUCAUGUGAAGAGGCUGAUUUUCUGCACAGGCAAAGUUUAUUAUGAGCUUGCAAAAGAAAGGAUAAACAGAAAAAUGGAGAAGGAGGUGGCUAUCAUUAGGCUGGAGCAGAUAUCACCAUUCCCCUUUGAUCUGCUGAAAAUGGAAAUUGACAAAUAUCCUAAUGCUGAACUCACCUGGUGCCAAGAGGAGCACAAAAACAUAGGCUACUUUGACUAUGUGAGGCCUCGUUUCAGAGUGACAGUACAGUUUAAAAGGCCUGUUUGGUAUGUUGGGCGUGACCCUUCACCAGCCCCAGCCACAGGUAACAAGAACACUCACCUCACAGAGCUGCAGGGCUUAUUGAACACAUCUUUCAACCUCCAAGCUUUUGAGGGCAUGACGGUUUAGAUUGAAUGAAACCAACCCUUGUGGACAUAUUGGGUGUUGUUUCAGGGAAAUACACAUCUUAAACUGCUGAGAAGUAAUGCAUAAACAAUUGUUGUUUGUUUCAUAUAUUUUCCCCAUUGCUCUCAUUCAUCACAUAAAUGAGGUCCUCUGAAUGUUUUCAGCUUUUCUUUGGUUCAUGGGAUGUAGGCGCCGCUUCCCUAAUUGCCUUUGAGAAGGUGGUGGUGAAUUAUUUUGGUAGGUUAUUUUGCAAAGCUAAUUUAAACCGUUUUUUAAAUCUUGUUGUUUAAGUAAAAUGUGAAUAUACAAGUUGAGAACCAGGAGAAAAGAAGGAUAUAUUAUUCAGUCAUUUUAUUUUUAUAAUCACUUUUUUGUCUAGUCAAGGUUUAAAAACAGAGUGCACUAUGGGCUUUUUCAGGUUUUCUUCAUAAUUUUGAAAGGCACACUUGGGGUAGCUACAAUAAUAAAACGUUUUAACAAUAUCACUCAGCUUUCUUGAGAAGAUACCUUUAAUUGUACUUGUAGUUAAGAAAAAAUAUACAGUUCAAUAUAUAUAGUUGAUUCUUGAUGAAUAUCAACUAGGUAGUCUCUCUCAAAACACUGACAAGGGCAGUUGGAAAUUUGACACCUUCAUCAGUACAUGAUGAAAGGCACUGACCUGAUGUCCUAUUGGUUCCUACCUAUUGCUUCUAAGGAUCUACAAUCUAAGGAAGCAUGAUUCUUUUGGGAGAGGUGGGAGUUUAUUUGAAAAGUAGGGAAGGAGAAUUUACACCAGCCUAUUAAGAAUUCGUUCUGUGCAAUACUUUUAUUUUUCCUUGCCCAACACUAACUCCCCCUCACCAUGAAAUAAAUUGAGACCAGCAAGUUGCCUUCAGAAUUGAGCUUUCAGCAGUACUGAGAUAAUAUUCUGUGAAAUUUUAAAUGACAGUAUUUAUUCUGCAAGUGAGAUUGACCUGAUAAAUGAUAAAAUUGCAAAUAUUCAAGAUCAUCUUUGCUUGUGGAAGGAAUUCUACAUUAUAUUGUUCAUGAUUUAGCAUUCUAUUUAAAUAUAUUUUGCAUUACAAACAUAAUUAUCUGAAUGAACUACUGUCCUGCCCAGAAAUAUGAAAAUAGAAAUUGGCUGCAUAUUUGGGGAAGGUUUCUGCUUGUUUCACCAGUGAGGCACUGAUUAUCCUUCAUUAAUGUUCAAAAGCACAUUGGAUUUGUAUUUAAGCUUGGUUUAAUCAUUUAUAAUGUAAAUAUAUCAAGCUGCCAAUUUCUAAAUUUGUUAAGAAUAAACUUAAACUCAUGUUUUGAAAUCAAAACCAAAUUGAAUCACACUGUUGCGGAUCCUGUACAAGUAUAAUAAUUUUUACUGCUAUUACAUUUUGUUUACCGUUGUAAUCAAUGGUAAACCAAUUUUGGUUACCAUUAUAGCAGAAAAAAUAGGCGAAGGAUAAUUGCAGUGACUAGCUGUUACUCCUUUUCCUUAUCUGCCACAACAAGAAACUAUAAGUGGAACACUUGCACAGCUUACUGUGUACAUAACAAUCGGACUCGAAUGAAUUCUGGAUCUGUGGUAAGGUAUAUUUCAAUGGUCUCAACUUCCAAUGUCACCCUUGACUAACAUUGACUGACUUCAAAAUUAAAGUAAUUGUUUUUUGCUUAAGCUGUCGUGGAGCUCUUAUCAUAAUGAGGUGCUUCAACUUAUGGAAAAGGUCAAAAAGAAACCUGUUUGCAGAGCUAUCCAAUUCCUUAAUGUGCCGCUCCCUUUUAGUGAGACACAGCAAUGUUCCUUGAUUUAAUAGAGUUGGCACAUUUGGAAGAUAAGCACUUGAGUCAUAGCAGUGUAUAUUGUUCAGCUUAAAUUUAAUGCAAAAUAAAACAUAUAAAAGGA